AUGCCGAACACUGGUAUUGCUCAUUUGCAAAGUUUCGUCGAAGGGGACAACUUUGUGGAAUACCUCAUGAGAGCGGAUUUUUUCUUCGAGGCCAACAAAAUCACUUCCGAUGAUGAAAAGCGUGCCCUUUUGUUGACUGCAAUUGGAAAGAAGACCUUCUCAUUGCUUCGCAACUUACUUCAGCCGAAAGAAAUUAAAGAUGUAAAAUAUGCCGACAUUGUGAAAGUUUUAACGGAUUACUAUUCCCCGGCUUCUUCAACCAUUAUGGAAAGGUUUCGCUUCUACAAUCUCAAACAAGGUAAUGAAGAUAUUUCAACGUUCAUUGUAAAAAUAAAGGAACUCGCCAGCAAGUGCAACUUCGGUGCAUUUCUAAACGACGCACUUCGAGAUAAAUUGGUUUGUGGAUUACAGUCCGAACAAAUUCAAAACAAAUUACUCAGUGAAAAAGACGUUGAUUUUGCUAAAGCUUCUGAACUGGCUCUUGCUAUGGAAACAGCAUCUAGAGAGACCAAGUCACUAAAAGAAGAAAAUCAAAGCGUCCUCAAAAUUCAUGAGUAUAAGAAAGUAAAACCAAAAGAUUCGACACGGAAGAAUUUUGGAAAGCCAACAUAUCCUCAUCAAAUUACAAAAGUAAUAAAAUCGUGCAAGCACUGUGCUAAAUUUCACAGAGGAGAGUACAGUAUUCAAGUUUUAGGGCAUAAGAAAGAUUUCACUGGUGUCCAUCCUUUAGAUGAAAAGUGCAAUGAUAUAUAUCAAGCUUCGGUGCCUACAAAUUGUACUGAACUGAAAAGAACAAAAAUGAAUUAUCCGCCUCAACGGAUGUCAACAACUGUCAACAACUCUACUCUGCUACCUCUGUUGCCCAUUUCGCUCGCAAGACAAAAGCAUUCCCCGAAAGUGGCAACAACAAUCAGAACCGAAUAUGACUACGUUUUUGUUGGAGCAGGAUCUGCAAGAUCUGUCGUUGCCAAUCGGUUAUCAGAAGUAUCUUGCCAAACGAUAUACCCAAGAGGAAAAACUUUAGGAGACUCGAGCGUUUUAAAUGCCAUGAUUUAUAUUCGUGGCAAUCGGCACCUCUAUGACGACUUGGCUGCACAUGAAGCAACCGGUUGGAGUUAUAAAGACGUCUUGCACUAUUUUAAGAAAAUGGAAAACAAUCGAAAUGCAGAUGUAGCAUCAAGUGGUACAAAAAUGAAUUAUUCGCCGCAACGGGUGUACUCCACACCUGUCAGCAACUCCACUCUGCUACCUCUGUUGCUCCUUUCGCUCGCAAGACAAAAGCAUUCCCCAAAAGUGGCAACAAAAAUCAGAACCGAAUAUGACUAUGUCAUUGUUGGAGGUGGAGCAGCUGGAUCCGUCGUUGCCAAUCGGCUAUCAGAAGUAUCCUGUGUAAAUGUCCUUUUGCUUGAGGCGGGUCCGUCACCUCCCAUACUCUCUGAAGUACCAGCAUUCACACAAGACACUUCAUUCACGAAAUAUGAUUGGAAUUACGUCACAACUCCUCAGAAAAACACUGGACGAGGGCUCAUUGGAAGGCAAUUGAUAUACCCAAGAGGAAAAACUUUGGGAGGCACUACCAUUUCGAGUGGAAUGAUUUACAGUCGUGGUAAUCCGCACAACUAUGACGACUGGGCAGCAGAAGGAGCCAAAGGUUGGAGCUAUAAAGACGUAUUGCCCUACUUUAAGAAGUUUGAAGACAAUCGGAAUGCAGAUGUGGUAUCAAAUGGAUACCAUGCUGUUGGAGGCCCAGUCACAGUCCAGCGACCGCGGUAUCGAGGAGAAAUUAAAAUUCCCCUCAUUAAAUCGGCAAUAGAAAUGGGAUAUGAUUUCACAGAUCCAAAUGGCAAAAUGCAAACAGGCUUCAAUGAUCAUCAGGCGUUCAUACGGGAUGGUCAGAGGUGCAGCACUGCAAAAGCGUAUCUUGUUCCAGCUGAAAAUAGAACAAAUUUAGACAUCCUUACAAGAGCUAUGGUUCGAAAGGUUUUAAUUAAAAACAAGCAAGCAGUAGGUGUGAUAUUUGACCACAGUGGCGAUACUUAUGAAGUAAGAGCUAAGAGAGAAGUCAUUCUUUCAGCGGGUACCAUCAAUACCCCUCAGAUACUCAUGCUGUCUGGAAUUGGUCCCAAAAAAGAACUGGAAAAAUUUAAGAUCAAAGUGGAAGCCAACCUUCCAGUUGGAUUGAACUUACAAGAUCAUGUCGGUCCAUCUCAAGAUUUUGUGUUGCCCUCUUCUAUUCAAAACUUUGAGCGAAAGUUAAGAGAUCCUAAAUAUAUUUAUCAAUAUAUUUAUAACAGAACAGGACCCUUGGCAUCUAGCGAUGGAAUUAUCCUGACAGCAUCUUUGAAUCCUGAUACUGAUUCAGAGGAAGAUUUUCCCGACCAUGAGUUGUUAUUUGCUGAACGAACGUCAGAUAGCGUUCGAAAAUAUUUUGGUUUGAAACCAGAGGUGUAUCGACAAGUGUACGGACCAUAUGAGAACAAACCUUUACUGGCAUGCUAUGCUUUCUUGCUGCAGCCUAAAAGUCGAGGACGUGUGACCCUAAAUUCAGAAAAUCCAUACGACCCUCCUCUCAUUGACCCGAACUACUUUGAUGAUCCUCGUGAUUUGGACAGCGUUGUCGAAGCUUUGAAAUCUUGCAAUCGUAUUGGAAACGGAAAAUAUCUGAGAAAAAUUGGCUUGAAACCCAUCAGCACCGUAUUUCCUGGAUGUGAAAAAUAUGCUUCUGAUGAUGACUUGUACUUCCGGUGUCAAGCAAGAACAUCGGUGAUAACACUUUACCAUCCUGUUGGAACGGCUAAAAUGGGUAACCCUGGUGAUCGUUCGACUGUUGUAGAUCCAUUCUUAAGAGUGAAACACAUUAAAGGACUACGUGUGGUUGAUGCAUCUAUUAUGCCAAUAAUCCCAUCAGGAAGUGUUCAAGCUCCUACAAUUAUGAUUGGUGAAAAAGCCUCUGACAUCAUCAAGAGUACGAUUAAAUGCGAGGAAUAUGAGGAUAAGGAACCUCAGUAUGAUGACUACUAUGCUGCAAACGAAGAAGAAAAAUGAAAAAUGAAAGCAGUACAAAUGUUACCAAAAUGUAACACUGGAUGCAUUGCGUAAUUACCGACGAAGAAAACACGGAUAUUCUGAUUACUAUUAUGAUGGCUCAAAAAAUCCGGAACGUGAUUUUGUUUUUACUUACACGAUAUAUAAUUUUCUCUAUAAUAAUUUUUGUCUAGUCGCCCUCUUUCAA